ACGAUCUGCUGCAGAACUGCGGGACAAAAAUAGCUUAGUGGUUUUUCACGAAAGCUAGAUAUCUCACCAACGUUAUUUGAUUAUUUAAUGAUCAAUUGGGGACGGAGAGUUUGAUGGCCCAAAUGGUGUGUUUUUAUUACAUAAAUUUUGGAACUUUGGGCAUUUUCGUUGGAUUUGAAGGGCGUAGCCUCGGCUAGCUUCUUACAACGUCAUUGCAACCGUGUUUGUCCGCCUGGAGAGAGAACGUGCAAGGGAUCGUCAGACAGCCAGGCUGGGGUUUUUUCUUUGUAAAAAAUUCUAGCAGUGAUACAACACAGUUAAUGAUGGCUUCAAGGGAACAUUUUCCAAUCAUUUCAUCUUCUGAUUGUGAUAAUAUGGGAGAAGAUGAUCUGAUGGUGUUCAGUGACUCUAUUGAGUCCUCGGAGGAAACAAGUAGUGAAGAAGAGACCGAUGCAGAUGAGGAGGAGGGGGAGGAGGAGGAGGAGGAGGAGGAAGUUGGGGGAGGUGGUCUGGGUAAAGAUUUACCCAAAGAAGACAGAGAGGGAAGCAUGGGAAAGACAAAUGUUUCAGCUGCGAUGAAGGUGAUGCAAGAUUCAUCUUCCAAUGCUGCAAGACAAACAACAUCAACGAGAUUGAAGUUACAAGUACAGGUGAAAAAUAUAUGCACUGACCAAGACUCAUUCAAAACUUUUCUGGGCUGCUUAAACGUCACAAAUUAUCAAAAUAUAGACUGGUCGAUGAAGGAUUCACAGAACAGCCAAGCUAGCAUUCUGUUUAAAAAUCAAGAAGAUGCUGCUGCAGCACAGGGGAUUCUCAAUAAUUGCUCAAUCGGAGCAUCUGACAGGAAACUGUCAGCUUUUUUACAAGACCAAAGAUCGCGUCGUCCCAGACAAAACAAAAAUGGAAAAACAUCCUCAGCUGUUCAUGGAAACAAUCCACACCAGAACAAGGUUCAUCCUGAUGGUCAGUCUCCUUCAUAUGACCAACGCCAGAGACAUCAACAAGGUCACCGUAAUCAUGACCAAUAUUCUCAUCAAGAAAGUGACCAGCAUCCAUCUUCUGACCGAGGAAACUAUCAAGGUCACCCUAGAGAUGGAUACACACCAGAUGACCGCCACCGACCUUCAGACAUGGCAGUUGACCAUCGAUCUUCACAGACUGGCCGGGGUAAUUCCUCUGGGCGAGGAAACUAUCGAGGACACCCUAGAUUUGGUUACACACCAGAUGACCGCCACCGACCUUCAGACAUGGCAUAUGACCAUCAAUCUUCACAGACUGGCCGCGGUAAUUCCUCUGGGCGAGGAAACUAUCGAGGUCACCCUAGAGGUGCUUACACACCAGAUGACCGCCACCGACCUUCGGACAUGGCAGUUGACCAUCGAUCUUCACAGACUGGCCGGGGUAAUUCCUCUGGGCGAGGAAACUAUCGAGGUCACCCGAGAGGUGGUUACACACCAGAUGACCGCCACCGACCUUCGGACAUGGCAGUUGACCAUCGAUCUUCACAGACUGGCCGGGGUAAUUCCUCUGGGCGAGGAAACUAUCGAGGACACCCUAGAUCUGGUUACACACCAGAUGACCGCCACCGACCUUCGGACAUGGCAUAUGACCAUCAAUCUUCACAGACUGGCCGGGGUAAUUCCUCUGGGCGAGGAAACUAUCGAGGUCACCCUAGAGGUGCUUACACACCAGAUGACCACCACCGACCUUCAGACAUGGCAGUUGACCAUCGAUCUUCACAGACUGGCCAGGGUAAUUCCUCUGGGCGAGGAAACUAUCGAGGUUACCCGAGAGGUGGUUACACACCAGAUGACCGCCACCGACCUUUGGACAUGGCAUAUGACCAUCAAACUUCACAGACUGGCCGGGGUAAUUCCUCUGGGCGAGGAAACUAUCGAGGAAACUAUCGAGGACACCAUAGAGGUGGUUACACGCCAGAUAAUCAUCCCGGACCCUCGCGCCAGGAUCCAUACAUGGCAUAUGACCCUCAAUCUUCACAGACUGGCUGUGGUGAUUCCUCUGGGCGAGGCAAAUAUCAAGGACACGAAAGAGGUGGUUAUACAACAGGUGACCGCCGGCCCAGCCUGACACAUUCUGAGCAAGAUGUUCAACUGAGGGCUGACCAAAGCCAGCAUCCAAUCGGGGCACCUAGACAGCCCCAAGCUUCUGAAAAGAACAUCCCCUCAUUGAUGUCGAUGCCUCUUGCUCCAAAUAUUCCUUAUGAUAGAGAUGAUGACCAGAGCAGCAUUGCAUCAGGAAUGAGUGAGAGGAGUGGUACAUCAUCACAGCCAAUCUCAUUACAUGUGAAAAACAUCGAUGACGGAGUGAGCAAUGAUGGAUUUUGUCGUUUCUUGUCCGACAAAAAGAUAUCAUUCUCAGAUGUAGACUUUUUUAUUUCCAAAUCAGGGAGGCGAUUUGCUAUUAUCCAUUUUGCAUCUGUCACGGACACAAAUAUGGCUCAAAGUUUUCUGCAUAACCGCUGGAUUUUUCGGGGUGGCCCUGAAAUGUGCGUAAGCUACAGUCAUCGAAAAGCUAUGGCGAGCCCCAGUGGAGAUUUGCAUCCCCCUUCCUUUGAAGCAACUGGAUACCCUGAAGGGGCAACUCGAGGAAGUCAUGAAGGGAGGGGUCAAGGCUACAGAGGUCGAGGAUGUAGAAAUCGAGGAGAGAGCAGCCGUAGAGGGAGAAGCCGUGGAGGGAGAGGUCUUGGAGGUAGAGGCCGUGGAAGGAGGACAAGAAACUGGCGACAGAAAAUGGGAGAAGAUUCUGAUAAUCAAUCAGAAUGUAGUGAAGUGAGGAGCAUCUGCUCUACUGUGGUGAGUCAUGCCAGUUCCUCUCAAGUCAAACAGUCUUCAUCUCUCUGGGUAACAAAUAUUGGAGAGAAUUUCGAUCUUGCGGAAUUCUAUGACUUUCUGGAGUCCCUUGAUUUAAACUGUCAGUGCUCGGGGUUGAAACCUUCCCAAAAACACAACAACCAAUUUGCUGUUCUUCAGUUUCCAGAUCUCAAGAUGGCAACAGCAGCUUUCGGUGUUUUGAACAAUGACCUGUGGCGUCUUGGGAAUGACACUCCAAUUAAAGCCAGUUUCCCAGUAUCAAAAGAGUCUUACCGAAACAAGAAGUCCGGCCUGUCUCUUCAUGUUGAACAACUUGGUCACGGUCCUGAUGAGGGUCGGGUAAAUGUUGAGAGAUGGCUUGAGGACGCCCAACAAACUAAAGAUUUGAAAGAGGAGAGUCAAAGGGGAUAUCGUCACACAGAAAGGGAGCAAGAACAGAAAGGUGGGCGUGGUCAAGGUAGAAAUGGGCGUGGUCAUAGAGGGAAAGGUAGCUCUGUAGGAGAUGUAAGGUCUCAGUUGAGGAGUGGUGACAAAACUGAUGAAUCAAAUGACGGUGAUAAGGGAACAACUGGCGGGCUUGUAAGGUCAAAAUAUAAACCAUGCACAGACAAAGAUAAUACACAGGAAAGAAGUCCGAAUGAAGUUGUCUUAACAGAUCUCCCAAGAAACAUCUCAGAGAGUGAUGUUGUAUAUCUUGUGAGAGAGGAAUGUCAUGGAUUUGUUGACGCAGUGUUGGCCUCCGGGAGAUGCUCUCUGAAGUUUAAGAGACGGGAAGAUGCGAUGGAGGCAGUUUGUAAGCUUUAUGGGAAACCAAUCUCUGGCCAUUGUAUAAAACCUGUCCUCUCCUGGCACAAUGAAGAAGUGGAACCACACAUUGCAAAAAAAGUACUGAAGGACUUAAAAGAAAGAGAAAUGCCAGAGAAAGUCCAUGACAUUAACUAUAAAAUUACAGAAGAAUGUAAAGUCAUCAACUCGGAUUUGUCAGAUUGCAGAGACGCCUUCAAAGAAAACCUGUCCUUUGCUGAAAUUCACCGAUAUAAAAUUUCUAUCGAAACACAUGAGCACCAUUUGGAGGAGAAACAAAGAUUCCUGGAUGAGUUCAACAACGCAUGCCUUAAUAUUGAAACCGCUUUGGAAGGUUUAGAGUCAGAAACCCAAACCUUGUCAGAGGUACACAAGAUUCGUCAUCAAUUUCUGAGAGAAUGUCGUCGUUUGGAUUCCCCUCUACCGGUUUAUGGCUACAGGUCUAGGAUUGAGGAAGCUAUGCGAUGGAAUAAAGCUGUUGUCUUGCAAGGCGAGACAGGAUCUGGAAAGAGCACACAGAUUCCACAGUAUCUCGUAGACAUGGCCCUGGAGAGUCAGGAAGAUGAAGGCUCCAGCCAGAGACCACAAUGGCGGGUAGUUUGCACACAACCUAGAAGAGUUGCGGCACUCACUCUUUCAAAACGUGUCGCUGAAGAAUACGGAUGCCAGGUUAGCGAAGAAGUUGGAUAUUUUGUCGGCAACAAGAAAUCUGUCAGUGCCAAAACAGUUGUUACUUUCAUGACGGAUCGGAAACUCCUCAACUUGAUCAUCGCCGACCCAAAUCUGUCCGACUAUACUUGCGUCAUCGUCGACGAGGCCCAUGAGAGAUCUGUAGACACGGAUAUAUUGUUGGCAACGCUGAAGAAACUCCUUCGAAGCAGAAAAGAUCUUCACCUUCUCAUAAUGUCUGCCACAAUCGACACCACCUUAUUCUCCAACUACCUCGAUGAGUGUAAAGAGAUAAAGGUUCCUGGUCGGACAUUUCCGGUGGAUAAACGAUGGAUUGGUGAUGAUGUCAGCAUCGGAGAGGGUGACUAUGUUGGGAAAGCCGUCAAACAGACUGCAAAGGUGCAUCGAGAUGAGAAGGAAGGUGACAUUCUAGUCUUCUUGACAUCGGCCAAUGAGAUUGAACAAGCAUGUCGAGACUUAUCAACUUCCCUCGGCCAAAGACCUGAUGACCAAGAUAAAGAGGCACUGAUACUACCCCUUCAUGGACGACUCCAGCCAGAAGACCAGAUGAAAGUAUUCGCAGACGCAAAAGCUGGACAAAGGAAGAUAAUCUUUGCAACCAAUGUCGCUGAGACCUCAGUGACUAUUAAAGGUAUCCGAUAUGUCAUUGACACUGGCGUUGUCAAAGAGUGUCAAUAUGAUCCAAAGCGUAGCAUGAGUCUUUUGAAGGUGACAGCGAUAACUCAAGCGUCAGCUCAGCAACGGGCGGGCCGAGCAGGUAGGACAGGCCCAGGUGUUUGCUAUCGAUUGUACACCAAAGAAGAGUAUAAGGACCUGAAUGAAAUGAUGAAACCGGAGAUUUUGCGUGUUCACCUCGGGAUGGCAGCACUGCAGCUUUUAGAGCUUGGUGUCGAAGACGUGGCGAACUUUGAUUUCAUCCAGGCGCCUGAUCGAGAAGCUACACAGCAGGCUAUGACUACCCUGAGGUUGCUGGGUGCCGUGGAUGCAGCUAAUAAGUUGACCUCUUUGGGUCGUAAGAUGGCAACAUUUCCAAUGGAGCCACGUCUCUCAAAGGUUAUUCUUGAAGGAGUAGAGAAACAUCUUACCUCUGAAGCUGUCAUCAUCGCUGCCUUGAUCUCUGCUCCUGGAAGUUUGUUCUAUAGAGGAGGCUCCGAUAAAGACAAAGAGAAAGCAGACCGUCUGAAGCUCAAGUAUUGUCAUGACAGUGGAGAUGUUAUAACAAUGCUUAAAGCUUACGGAUCUUGGAAUAGCAAAGCAGCGGCUAAGCAGAAGGCGUGGUGUAUGGAGAACAGCAUGAAUUCCAAGACGCUGAGAGCUGUUCGAGAGUCUGCUAACGAAGCAGCCCAGGUGUUAAAGCUUAAACAUAACAUCGAGUGUAAUGCAAGGGACUACAAGAUGGAAGCCAUUGAUGCGGCAAAGACUGAGUCACUUCAAAAGAUCAUCAUGUCAGCUUACUUUCAGACGUUGAGUUUAUACAACGGUCAUCCAAGAGCAGGUUACACGGUUCUUCCUCAUCAGAAAUCCGGGUUCAUCCAUCCAUCUUCGUCUCUCGUUGCACUAGACUGCAAUCCUAAAUGGGUAGUGUAUGAAGAGUUCAAACAAACAUCCCGAAGCUUCCUCUUCAAUGUGACUCGAGUUAACAUCGAUUGGCUUCAGGAAGUUGCUCCGAUGUUUUAUGACGAGAUUGAUGUGGGCGCACUUCAAGAAAUGGCUUUGCAAGAGGCUCCUGCGAUCCAACUUGGAACUGCUGUGAUGAGACGUCUUACCAUAAAGAGAAAUGAAAAGGUCCGGGCUAUGGAAGAGUAUAUCACAGAAGUGAAAGGUUCUCCUUGCAUUAUCCAGGUCAACAGAGCCACAAAAAAGUUGCAGAUGUUCGUGAAGAUGAACAUUUGCGAGUUUGCAACAUCGUAUGUUGAGAGACUCCUCAAAGAAGAGCUGGAGUCUAUCCAGAGAGAACAGAUUGAAGUGCCAGUAGGGGAAUCAGGAGUUGUCCGUCAAGUCGUCGUAGCAGGAGGUCAGACAAAAUUCAUCUUGAUGCCAAAUGAUUACAGAAGCCUGGAGGUCAGUAAUGUUACAGGAGACAUGUCCGAAGAUGAUUUGAAGAUGAUUUGUCUCUCUUCUUGUUGCACUCAGAAUGAGAUUCUUGACGUGUACAAGUUUCAAAAGCAAACUACAGCCAAGUGGGGUCGCAUUACCUUCAGUUCCCCCAAGACAGCGGAGGAAACAAAGAUGCUGCUAGAAGUAGAGGACACCCUUCAGCUCGAACCAAUUCUGGGACGUAGUUUUCAAAACAGAGAUAUCGCUAGAGUCAGCUCAAGGAUCGUGGUCAUAUGGUACACCUGGCCGUCAAAAGGCCAAGCAUUUAUCAACUUUGACACAUCAAACCAAGCCUUAGAAAUGAAAGAAAGCUUGCAAAAUUUUGACUUCAAAGGGAAGCUAUUGGAGUGCCAACUUAAAAAGAAUAACACAAGAGCUCUGUACCUCCGAAACGUUCACACAGAUGCAACCAAUGAAGAACUGGAAGAAGCUAUUGAAGAUUAUACAGACUGCAAAAAAGUCAAAUGCAGUAUUGCUCGUCAACCCCCAGCAAUUCUUAUCAAAGACGACCAGGUCACUCAAGACAUCUACAAAAUGUUCGAAGGCACACUACGAGAAGAUCAACUAGACAUCAACAUACUGUCGGCGCGAUCGGAGAAAACACAAAGCAGGAAGGCUAUCGCCAACUUUGAGUGUGACAACGAAGAUGAAGUAGAUGGUUGUAUUCUGAAUAUUCAAGACAACCCUCCACGCAACUCGGCAGGCCAGAUUUAUAUUGUGAAGCUUACGGCAUCUUGCAUGCUCUUCUGUAAUCCUGACGUCUACAAGUGCAUUGAGCAAAGAAUCACAAAGCUCGUUGAGGAGGUGAGCGAAGGAGUCAGAAAUUUGAAUGUCAGAGUGAGUAAGAGCAAGAAGACAAAUGACUGGGUGAUAAACGUCGCUGGUGAAAACAUCCAAGAAGUUCAUAGGACACGCCGAGAACUUCUGUCUUACAUCCGGGGCGAGACGGUAUCACUAAAUGAUCUGUGCGAGGAGGAGGUUUCAUUUCAGAUCAAAUAUCACAUUCUGAAGUUACUUCACAAGAAUGGCUUGAGACAUCUUACUUACGGGUUGGAGGCUCACGCAAUGGUGGACACCCGUCGCCAUCUCAUUGUGAUUUACGGAAAGGAUGAGGUCAGAGAAGUCUUGAAGGAGCAAGUGAAGAACUACAUCAACAUCAUCUGUAAGAAUCAACUGAAAGAAAUUUCAUUGACUGCAGGUCUCUCUGAAGGUUGUACUAAAGGGAGAGCUGUAAGGGCAUUAGUGAAAGCUUAUGGACCUUGGCUUAAGAAACUUGUUGAAGAAACUGGAGCCAAAGCUAUAACAUUGAACAUGUGCCAAGGAAACCUUCUUAUAGAGGGCAAUCAGAAUGUCUUUGAUAACGUCCACAAGAUGGUGAGAAACUGCCUCCAAGAAGCUGGACAACAAGCUGCCAUCAGAGUUGGAGGAGAUGAUGCAACCACUGAAGUGGAAUGCGGCAUUUGUUACACAGCAGUGGAAGCCACUGAGGAGAUGUAUCGUCUGAGUGCUUGCUCCCAUGGGUUCCAUCUUCAAUGCCUUCAUGAGAUGUUUACCGUCAGGUUACAGAACGCUAGCAAGGAUUACCCCAUUGAGUGUCCAUGUGAUGGAUGUGGCCUCCCAAUGUUGCUCUGCGACUUCCGUGUUCUCUGCAGUGAUGAAACAAAGAGACGACGCUUGUUUGAUCUGGCUCUGGAGUCACAUGUCACCCAGAAGAGCGAGGGAAAACUGAAGUUUUGCCCAACACCAGAUUGUCACAUGAUCUAUAAGACAACGAAGGAUGUCGGGGUCUUCUCAUGUCAGGAGUGUCGGAAUCGUUUGUGUUCAUCGUGUGGUUCAGAACCUCAUAUGGGAUAUACAUGCGAGGAAUUUAAGGCUUAUGGCAAGGACUGUAGCGACGUGGCAUUUCAGAAGUGGAUUCAAGGAAAAGAUGUCAAGAAGUGCCCAUGUGGAAUCUAUAUCGAGAAAAUUGAGGGAUGCUUUCACAUGACCUGUUCUGAGUGUAAGAAGCACUUAUGUUGGCUUUGCCUGGCUAUCUUCGAUACAAGUGACCUGUGCUACGCUCACCUAUCACAGAUGCAUGGAGGUUGUUUUCAAUAUUAAUCAAGUAAACGCCAAGCUCGCUCCAAAGCGUAGUUAAUACACUCAUUUCAGACAGGUGCACCAGACUCGCGCCGAACCAAAUAGCUUAGGUGCGACUCUAGGUCUAACCAAAAUCAAUUUUGGUUUCAGACAGACGGACGUAACAAAACAUAUCAUUAGAUUUGGCUCAUGGCAAGAUCAAUGUCUGAAACCAAGGCGCUCCAAAGUUGUUCUGAACGACUGCAAAAGUCGUUCCUUUGACCUGGCGCUUGUCCAGUCACUCCAAACUGUUUUAGGCGUCAACCUUUUCAUGUACUUAAUUCAGAACUUAAUUUGGCGAGACUCUGGAGCGCCUCUCUGAAACAGGUGUAAAGCCAUUCUGAAAAUCAUCAAAAUCAGGCAAAAAGCCACGGGUGAAUUCUGCGAGAUUGAUAUAAAUGUAGAGUUUUCCUGAAAUUAUACAACAAUAUUAUAUUAUAUGCGCAAAAGUAAAAGGAUAAAUAGUAUGUUUGAAGCUCAUUAUAUGAAUCUUGAAGCUCAGUUAUAACUGUUCUGAAAUAUUGUCUGAAAGUGUGUUGGUAUUAUUUAGCCAAUUAAAAUUGUUUGCAUAUUGGAGAAUUAGAACACCAGUACUUAAUAUAUAACUAGUAUUUAGUUUCCUCGGAACUGUAUUAACUCAUCUUUAAAAAAAUGUAUGCAGGAAUGUUUAUACUUACUUAAAAUGAAAGAUAGUUGUUGAAAGACGUCGGUCCAGUGUGUUGUGUAACGCACGUAAAAGAACCCAGAGAAAGGGUUCGCCCUUAUGUUCCUGGUUUGAUUG